AUGCUGCCCCUGCUCGCCGCGCUGCUGGCCGCCGCCUGCCCUCUGCCUCCCGCCUGCGGCGGGGCCGCGGACGCGCCGGGCCUCUUCGGGGCGUCCACCAACGCCUCUGUUAACGGGUCGUCCCCGGGCGAGCCCGCCGCCCCGCGGCUGCUGGCCUCGGCGGCCCCGGGGCCCCCGGAUCCCCCAGGCCCGGAGGAGGCGGCGGCGGCGCCUUGCAACAUCAGUGUGCAGCGGCAGAUGCUGAGCUCGCUGCUGGUACGCUGGGGUCGCCCGCGGGGCUUCCAGUGCGACCUGCUGCUCUUCUCCACCAACGCGCACGGCCGCGCCUUCUUCCUGCCCGCCUACCCCGCGGCCGAGCCCCCUGGUCCUCUGUGGCUGCAGGGUGAGCCGCUCCAUUUCUGCUGCCUGGACUUCAGCCUGGAGGAGCUGCAGGGCGAGCCAGGCUGGCGGCUGAAUCGCAAGCCCAUCGAGUCCACGCUGGUGGCCUGCUUCAUGACCCUGGUCAUCGUCGUAUGGAGCGUGGCCGCCCUCAUCUGGCCGGUGCCCAUCAUCGCCGGUUUCCUGCCCAACGGCAUGGAGCAGCGUCGGACCACCGCCAGCGCUUCCGCGACCGCCCCCGCCGCAGUGCCUGCGGGGACCACCGCGGCAGCCGCCGCCGCCGCUGCUGCUGCUGCCGCCGCCGCGGCUGUCACCUCGGGGGCGGCGACUAAGUGACCCGCUCCGCUCCACCCUGCGUCCGUCCUGUGUUCGCGCUCUUGGGUGCCUUUCCCGCCAGGAGACCCGGCCGGUGUGCUUCGUGCUGUGGUGACCGCUAGUUCCUCCGGGGAGGGGACCGCCAGAGAGGCCCUAGAGUGUUGGAAAAGCAAGGUUUGUGCUGCCCUUCUUGCCCCGAAAAAGCUAGAUGUGAGUGAGCCCUAAGACUGAACGAUGAGAUCCGCAGCUUUGAAGAGAGAGAGGUGGGAAAUGGGGCCCUUUCCCCUCCAUUGCAUCCCCCUUUCCUGCACCCACGUGCCCUAUAGUCAUGGCAGAAAAUGACCAAAUCCUGUGUAUUUGUUUUAUAUAUUUAAUACCUAUUUUAAAUGAAAGUUUUAGUAAAACAAACAAACAAACAAAAAGAUCAGAUUACUAUUGCUGUAGUAAGAGAAGUCCUUUGUAUCCGAACAUAGCUGUAUUUGAAGUUUGUUGUUUUUUAAUUUAUUUAAAAGGGGGGUGGUGGGGCAUGGGCAGGAUUUAACACUGGUAUAUUAUUAUUGCUGAAAAUGAACUUUAUGAACCUUUUCUCCAAGAUGAUCUACCCAGUGACGUGGCCUGGUAGGCGUCUCUUCUUGUACUUCUGUGUUUUUUUUGGCUUUUAAUACAGACAUUUUCCUCCA